UGAUGGAAGUGAAAGAGGAGAGUCAAGCUGAAGUGGAUGAGAAACAUCAGAUUGUAAAAAUAAACCAUAAUGUUUCACAGAAAGAAACUCUGAAGACAGAAGACAUAAAGUGUGAAAAUAGUUUCAGUGAAGAUGAACGCCCUGAAGAUCACAAGAGGACUCACAUUGAGGAGAAACCUUACACAUGUCAACAGUGUGGAAAGAGUUUCAGAUAUAAAAGUAAACUUGAGGCUCACGUGAGAAUUCACACUGGAGAGAAACCACACGUGUGCCAUGAGUGUGGAAACAGUUUUAGAUCUGCAGGUAACCUUAAGGAUCAUUCAAGAAUUCACACCGGAGAGAAACCAUACACUUGUCAACAGUGUGGAAACUGUUUUACAGUUGAAUCUAGCCUUAAGAAUCACAUGAGAAUUCAUACUGGAGAGAAACCAUACUCGUGUCAACAGUGUGGAAAGAGUUUUACAUCUUCAAGUGACCUUAUGAGACAUGUGAAAAUUCACAGUGGAGAGAAACCACAUGCGUGCCAUGAGUGUGAAAAGAGAUUUACAUCUGCAGGUAACCUUAAGAAACAUUUGAGAAUUCAUACUGGAGAAAAACCUUUCACAUGUCAACAGUGUGGAAAGGGUUUCGGAGAUAAAAGUAACCUUCAGACUCACAUGAGAAUUCACACUGGUGAGAAACCUUACACAUGUCUUCAGUGUGGAAAGAGUUUCAGAAAAAAAUCUACCCUUGAGAUUCACAUGAUGCUUCACACUGGAGUAAAACCCUUCACAUGUCCUCAGUGUGGAAAGAGUUUCACGACAAAAGCUAUCCUUGAGACUCACAUGAGACUUCACACUGGAGAGAAACCGUUUGCAUGUCCUCAUUGUGGAAUGAGUUUUAUGUGGGAAACAAGUCUCAGAAAUCACCAGCGCUUACAUUCUGAAGAAAAGACAUUCAACUCUUCUGUGCAGUUAUAUAUGAUGGAAGUGAAAGAGGAGAGUCAAGCUGAAGUGGAUGAGAAACAUCAGAUUCUAAAAAUAAACCAUAAUGUUUCACAGAAAGAAACUCUGAAGACAGAAGACAUAAAGUGUGAAAAUAGUCUCAGAGAAGAUGAAUGCCCUGCAGAUCACAAGAGGACUCACAGUGAGAAUAAACCUUUCACAUGUCAACAGUGUGGAAAGAGUUUCACCUUUCAAUCGAACCUUAACCGGCACAAGAAAACUCACAAGGGGGAAAAGCCACAUGCAUGCCAGCAUUGUGACAAGAGGUUCCCAGAUAGAAGUCAACUUAAGAGACACAUCAGGUCUCACACUGGAGAGAAACCUUACACAUGUCAACAGUGUGGAAUAAGUUUCACCUUUCAGUCGAACCUUGACCGGCACAAGAAAACUCACAGUGGGGAAAACCCACAUGCAUGCCAUCAUUGUUACAAGAGGUUCCCAGAUAGAAGUCAACUUAAGGAACACAUGAUAACUCACACUGGAGAGAAACCUUACACAUGUCAACAGUGUGGAAAGAGUUUCAACUUUCAAUCGAACCUUAGCCGGCACAAGAAAACCCACAGUGGGGAAAAGCCACACGCGUGCCAGCAUUGUGACAAGAGUUUCCCAGAUAAAAGUCAACUUAAGAUACACAUUAGAGUUCACACUGGGGAGAGACCUUACACUUGUCAUCAAUGUGGAAAGAGUUACACAAGUGAAGACACUCUUAAGAGACACAUGACACUCCACACCGGAGAAAAAACGGUCACUUGCCAACAAUGUGGAAAGAGUUUCACCUCUCAAUUGAGCCUUAGCCAGCACAUGAAAACUCACAGUGGGGAAAACCCACACGCAUGCCAUCACUGUGACAAGAGUUUCCCAGAUAGAAGUCAACUUAAGAUACACAUUAGAGUUCACACUGGAGAGAAACCAUUCACGUGUCAGUUGUGUGAAAGGAGUUUCAUCUUUCAAUCAGCCUUUAUUCGGCACAAGGAAACUCACAGGGGGGGGAAAACUUACACUUGUCAUCUGUGUGGAAAGAGUUUGAGAACAAAAUCUCACGUUAAAGCACACAUGAGGAUUCACACCGGAGAAAAAGCAUUUACGUGCCAUGAGUGUGGAAAAAGUUUCACCUUUCAAUCAAACCUAAGCCGGCACAAAAAAAGUCACACUGGGGAGUCACACGCAUGCCAUCAUUGUGACAAGAGUUUCCCAGAUAAAAGUCGACUUAAGUCACACAUGAAAACUCACACUGGAGAGAAACCUUUCACUUGUCAUCUUUGUGGAAAGAGUUUCAGAGUUGAAAGUAACCUUAAGAUACACACAAGAAUUCACACUGGAGAGAAACCGUUUACUUGCCAUGAGUGUGGAAAAUGUUUCAGAAGUAAGAGUUGCCUUACAGCACACAUGACAAUUCACAAAGGAGAAAAACCUCAUGUGUGUCAACAGUGUGGAAAGAGUUUCAGUACAAAGCAUCUCCUUAAGAGACACAUGAUAACUCACAGUGAAAAGAAACCUCACGCAUGUCUUCAGUGUGAAAAGAGUUUCAUUAAAAAAAGUGGGCUUGAAACUCACAUAAGAAGUCACACUGGAGAGAAACCUUACAUGUGUCUUCAGUGUGAAAAGAGUUUCAGGAAUAAAACUGGGCUUGAAACUCACAUAAGAACUCACACUGGAGAGAAACCUUACAUGUGUCUUCAGUGUAAAAAGAGUUUCGGUGCCCUGAGCAACCUUAAUAGACACAUGAUAACCCACAGUGAAAAGAAACCUCACGCAUGUCUUCAGUGUGAAAAGAGUUUUGGUUAUAAACGUGGACUUGAGAUUCACAUGAGAAGUCACACUGGAGAGAAACCUUACAUAUGCUCUCAGUGUGAAAAGAGUUUUUCAAGCAAAAGGUGUCUUCAGUCACACGUGACAAUUCACUCUGGAGAGAAACCGCUCACUUGUCAUCACUGUGCAAAGAGUUUUAGACAUAAAUGUAAAUUUAACACACACAUGAGGAUUCACACUGGAGAGACCAUUAACCAUCAGUGUGGAGAGAGUUUCACCUCUUGAUCAUCCCUUAUCUGGCACAUGAAAGCUCACUGGGGGGAAAUAUGGAGUGAAUUUAUGCCAUAAUCGAACAAAUUCGUGUUUUUCCGAGAGACUACUAUAAAAUGUCAGAUAGCAAAAUCAUUUGUUCAAAUCUGUGAAAAAUCAAGCUGAGAGAAUAAAUAAACUAUUUUAUUGAUCAUUAUUCAGCCUUAUGUACCCUCUCGAUCCCUGCGCUCUGCCACCCAGCGACGGCUUGUGGUGCCAUCUCAAAAAGGGAAAAAACACUAGCGCGUACCUUCUCAGGAGCUGUUCCACAAGUGUGGAAUUAUCUGCUGGUCGUGACACGAUCUUCUGACUCUGUAGCUGUCUUUAAGAAUCGGCUAAAAACCCAUCUACUUCCUAAUAAAGGACUUACUAUCUUUCUCUAUUUUUUCGUUCUCUUUAUCUGUACAUUCCUAAAAAAAUACCAACCAACCCUAGGCUAUCUAUACUGUGUUGGACUUGAUGAGACUAUUUCCAGUGCACUUCUGUAUUGCUGUUGCUAUAAUUGCUUCUAUUGUUUACCUCAUUUUUAAGUCGCUUUGGACAAAAUGACUAAAUGUAAAUGUAUUCAUAAAUGUAAAGAAAUCACAGUAGCCACAAAUUUACUGUUUUACUACAGUAGCCAAGAUAUUUGUAGUAAUACUAUAUUUAACACUAUUACAACCUUUUAUUACAGUAACCUUGAUUGUAAAAUCAUUGUCUAACUAAAGUAGGGUAAAUACAAUCAGUCUGCCAAAACAUGACUACUGUAACAUUACUAAAAUAAAACCACAAGAUUAAUUUUUAUAAGAUUGUUUGUAUUGUCCGC